AUGGGCCGCUACUCAGGGAGGAGCAGCAGGCUCAUCCUGAUGUGUGUCGUGAGCCUGGUGCUUUUCGCCAUUGAGAUCUCGGUAGCGUACCUUGGCAAUUCGCUGAGCUUAACCUCAGACGCCUUCGCUGUUCUGUCUCACUUCAUCUCCAUGAUCAUCGGCUUGGUUGGCGUCAGGGUCAGCCACAUCAGGUGGCACAAGGCCAGCACAUACGGCUUCUACCGGGCAGAUGUGCUGGGAGCCUUUGGCAACUCCGUUUUUGCCACCGCUUUGAUGCUCAGCAUGUUCAUUGAGGCAAUCAAGAGGUAUAUCAAUCCUCAGAAGACGGAAAAAGCAUUGCUUGUCCUCGUUAUUGGGAUUGUAGGUCUGUUCUUCAAUGUGUUGAACUAUGUUAUCUUCAUGGACUGCUGCUACUGCCAUGAACCCCAAGGAGACACUGAAACAGUUCUUGUUCUUUCAUAUAUGCUGGUUUUGAGAAGGCCGAUGUUUUUUUCUGUUUGUAGAACUUAUACACAACACAGCGUUUCUUCUUUGAAUGCAGGUGAUUCCCCAAAUGACCAAAAGCAGCCUGAGGAGAGGUCUGAGAGGAAAAUGGAGAAAAAGUCCGAAGCCUUGAACAUCCGAGGUGUUCUUUUGCAUGUUAUGGGAGAUGCACUUGGCUCUGUGGUUGUGGUAGUUGCAGCUGCAAUCUUUCACCUGCUUCCUCUGAGUGCGGAUGCUCCAUGUAACUGGCAGUGCUAUAUUGAUCCAAGCCUGACCAUCGUUAUGGUGAUCAUCAUUUUGUCUUCUGCAUUCCCGCUUAUCAAAGAGACCUCAAUCAUUUUGCUGCAGAUGGUUCCCAAAGGUGUUAAUAUGCAGCUAUUGACUGACAGUCUAGCUCACGUACCGGGGGUUAUCAGCCUGCACGAGGUGCACGUCUGGGAGCUGGCAGGUGGGAAGAACAUCGCUACUCUACAUGUCAAGUGCCAAACCCCUACUGAUUACCAAGAUGCUGCUUAUAAAAUACGGAAGCUUUUCCACGAAGCGGGGAUCCACUCGGUGACCAUCCAGCCCGAGUAUCUGGAGCACAAGAGCUCGACGCUGCUCUGCAGCUCACCCUGCAUCUCCAGGGAGUGCGACCCUCAGCUCUGCUGCAGUCAGCAGGAGGCUUCGCUGCCCAAAAGCAACGGCUGUGUGGAGAAGAGGAAGAGGUGCCUCCCUGCACCGCCGAAGGACAAUGGUGCAAGUAAAAAUGAUGUUGAGAUCCCAAUAGAGUGCCCCGUGUCAGAAGAUAGCAUUAAUAAUGUGAAAAAAUGUACCAUGUCUGAUAAAAAGUCACAGUUGAGCAGCACACGAUUUUAA